UUCAGGCACCUUGUUAAACAUCCAUUUAACGAAUUUAAUUGGAGACUACACAAAAGAGAAGUGUAUAAUAACAAUCAAUAUUCAUUCAGCAAAAACAAACCAACAAGUAUUGUGAGUUGAAUAUACUGGAAAACUUGAGGAGCGUAUUGGCACGAGUUGUCAAAUAAACAAUCAGGAUCAGUUUACAUCCAUUUAUUCUUUAUACAGCGCACGCGUUAGAUGAGUGCACAGUUUGUGUAAAGGCUUUAAAUCGAACGACAUGUGGACCUUCGUUUUAAUCGCGUUUAUAUUUGAUUUUUCCAUUUAUGCAAAUGUUUUGGGUGAUAAAUGGACGUAUACUGAUCGAUUCAUGUUUAGAAUAAACACAGUGGAUGUUGACUAUGUGAAGAAAGCGCUCAAAGUAGACUAUUCCUUCUUAAACGAGAUCAUGCCAGAAAUAUACGUAUUUCGGCACCGGAAUAUGAGUGGAGCUUUACCCGCGGACAAGUUGCAUCAAACAAUGCUCAAUGCGAACGGCAAGAUAAAAAAUAUAGAGCAAGUCAAAGAAGUGUCGUUGAAAGCUGUACAAAGCGACGAGGAACACUUACAAGCGUUAACCGCCAAUUCUAGACCUCAGAAGUUUGGCAUGGGGAUAGAAGAAGCAUGGGCAGAAAACAGAACUGGGCAGGGAAUCACAGUAGCAAUUCUAGAUGUUGGUGUAAACAUAAAACACGAACUCCUAACAGAAUGUAUUGACAAAGAGCUGAGUCGAAACUUUGUAUCUCAAUCGUCCGACGUUAGGCCAGACUAUCAAAUGGGCUACAAGGAAUUCUUGUCUUAUGCCGAUCACGGUACAAAUAUGUGCGGUAUUAUUGCUGCGUCCGGAGACACCAGAUAUGAGUGUGAUAAAGGGAUCGCCAAUAAAGCCAAAGUCGCAGUAUAUAAAAUUGCGACUGUAGACGCUUUAAGGAUGUGCAGACCUUGCAUGGCGAUGGAUCAUGUCGCGUCCGGACUUUCCUUCAUGCAGAAUAAGAUAUCCAUAUUUACCAAUGGGUUUGCUUUUCAAGAUCAAUUUCAAGAAAGCGAUUUCGCCAUUAAUGACGCGAUUGAGAAAGGCUCGAUCAAUGGACGAUAUGGUAGAGGAUCUCUUUACUUGUUUCCAUCGGGUGAACUAGGCAACGGCCUUGCAAACAACCCCUUCACCAUUGUCGUCAGCAGUGUUGGUUACAAUGGAAGUGUACCCAAUACAGUUUCCAACAGCGCAGCCGUGCUUACGUCCGCCAUGUCUGCAGGAAAAUCCGUAAAUACCAAAAGUCUGAUGACAACAUCCGGGAAACCUGGCAUGACUUGUGAAAAAUUCGGAGGUUCAUCUGCUGCGACAGCCAUCGUCUCUGCAAUCGCUGCACUUGUGCUUCAAACUAAUCCCCAACUCACGCGGAGAGAUGUUAUGCACAUACUUGUAAGGUCAUCUGAACAUCAGAGCGUGACGCAAGGGGUAGCUAACUUCCAUCGGAACGGGGCAGGGUUUUUCUAUCACGGUGUAUUUGGAUUUGGUUUGCUCAAUGCACAGAAAGCUACAACGUUGGCAGCUUCUUGGAAGCCGGUAGAGUCAUUGGUAGUCGUUGACAAGACGUCGCCAAGCACUUUCCGCUGCAACACGAAUAAGUGCACCAUCAAUGUCACCUGCGCGGACGGUUCAGGUUGUGUUACCAAGGUCGAAGAUGUCAGGGUUCGUGUAACGUUCGGAGUUACGGAUCCUAGUAGCACUAGGCUUCUGCUGACUUCACCAAGUGGCACGCGCUCUGUUCUCAUCGACACCGGUCAAGUAAAUUCUGCUGAUGUUGUCAGGGAUGUAUGGAUGCGGUCUGUGAACUUCUGGGGUGAGGACGGCACAGGAGUUUGGACUGUGGAGCUGGAUGUGCCUGAUGGAAAAGAGUCGCAGUUUACCGUUUCUGGGUUCACUUUAUAUGGAAUUGGUAUCCCGCCCCUGACUGGGUUACCUUUUAAUGACUCUAGUAUUCCGCUUGUCAAACGUUCGGCUCUUGGUGCCUCGUUAGCUGUGCUAUAUCCUGUCUUGAUAUUUACAGCUGCGGGCCUUUUCUUCUAUUAUAAAAUGUCAUAAUAAUUGUAAGUGCUGAUCUUUUUUGAAUUGUGUAUUCAGGAUGCACAUCAAGAUUUACUGGAUAAUUUACAAUACUGAUGGUAGAGCCAUAAGAAUGAGGGUUAGUUGUGGUCGUGUAUCGGGCGUCAGAGCAACAGUGCGGCCGUUUCACCAUUUCACAAUAUAAAUUGUGUAUACUCAGUUUGUUGUCAACAUUUUUGCCAUUCAGAUGUACACGAUCUCUACACAACACAUGGCUGCGCCACUCGUGAAAAAAUAUUUUCUAUGAUCACGAGUGAAUUAACAAACGAUCUUACAUUGACAUGACCAAAUAUGCUCUAUAUCUUCCUCUGUAAGAAAAUUUUCGGGGGAGGGGAGGCAUUUUCAGCAUGUAUACCAUUGAGUGUUUCAAGAACGAUUGAGCAUUUACAUCAUACGCGUUAUUUCAGUGUAAUUGUGAGUACAUAAUUAGCUUUCGAACAAUUGUUAGGUAACGAUUAUUUUUAUUUACUAUCAUAAACGCACAUGAAUAUUUACUUAAAUAAUGUAAAAUAUAUAGACCAUGCUAUAAAUCCGAUUAUCAUGUUUAAUAUUGACCGGAAAAAAUACUUAAAGAUACUUUAAAGCUCAAUACGUCCUUAAUAAAACCUAGCCAACACACCGUAACAUGUUUCUUAAUAUUUGACAAACACUAAGUGGGAUAAAAAAAAGUCGCGCCAACAACUUCAACUCAAUACAUCGUUUAAAUGAUACAUUCUGAUAAUAAUCUCUACAAACACACAGUUUGUGUUAUAAACAAGUGUAGUUAUACGAGUCUUCAAGAAAUAAACAUACCAAUGUUCAAGACAGUAAACUUUAUUUACGGUAGAUCAGCAAAAUAACUUAAUUAGUAAGCACAAAUAUCGGAAACAAAAGCUUAGUUUAAACGUAUUUAUUGCAUCAAAUAUGCAUGGGAUUGGAUUACAAGUUUUUGCAACAUUAUCUGGAUCCUCUCCCAGAUAAUUAUAUAACAUAAUUUACUAAAAUACAUUAGUAAUAGUGCAAUAACAUAAUCAGUUAGUUUAACACAGAUUAUACACAGAUAAAUAGACAUGAAAGUAGGUUAACAAUUGUAAAGUUAUUGAGAAUAGUUAUCUUCCAUUGUAUGCAUGUCAUUGACAAUUUUAUACAAAAUUUAAAACCUUGUUGAGCCUGCUAUGAAUGUCUGUACUGUUCUGAACACCAUUUCAUUAAAAUCCAAAGACAUGUUGGGUUCACCACAUAGCAACAAUUUAACAUUAAAGUUAUGGUUCAAUUU